CUCCAUAUCCAGUGUCCUGCUCACCCCGCAACACAACAACCACUCCUGCAACAUGAAGGCUAUCGUGUGUUUAUUAGUCCUGAUUGCCGCAGUAAACUGCGCUGAAGAGAAGAAGAACGAGAAGCGCGGUCUGCUCGGCCUCGGCUACGGAGGACACAGUCUCGGCUAUGGUGGCUACAGUUUAGGCUACGGGGGCCACAGCCUCGGCUACGGUGGACACAGCCUCGGCUAUGGGGGCCAUAGUCUCGGCUACGGCGGUUACAGCGGUCACAUCGUCUCAGCUCCCGUCGUCACACGCCGAGUUGUCACCUCGUACAGCCUCGGGCACGGCUACUCCGGCGGCCACGGCGGCUACAGUGGAUACGGAGGCUACGGAGGCUACGGCAGCCACGGAGGCUACAGCUCGCUGGGACUCGGCCACGGCUACAUUCACUAACACACACACAUACAGCCACGUUAUUUAGUAUCAUACAACAAGAUACAACUGAUUGUUUGAUAUCGCCACAGUUGAGAGUUGCAGCUGUCGGUGUCAGCUGUCUAUUCUUUGCAUGUUGUAAUUUGUUGUAUGUACAAAGUUAAUGAUAGCUUCAAAUUUUAUUUUUAUUAGUAUUUAAGUUAAAUAAAUUUAUAAAAAAAUAG